CGCGCUGCCAUGGGCCUGGCCGGGCUGCAGGCAGGAAGAUGUCCAAGCCCCGCGCGGUGGAGGCGGCGGCGGCGGCGGCGGCGGCGGCAGCGAGGGCCCCGGGCCCGGAGAUGGUGGAGCGGAGGGGCCCGGGGAGGCCCCGCACCGACGGGGAGAACGUAUUUACCGGGCAGUCAAAGAUCUAUUCCUACAUGAGCCCGAACAAAUGCUCUGGAAUGCGUUUCCCCCUUCAGGAAGAGAACUCAGUUACACAUCACGAAGUCAAAUGCCAGGGGAAACCAUUAGCCGGAAUCUACAGGAAACGAGAAGAGAAAAGAAAUGCUGGGAACGCAGUACGGAGUGCCGUGAAGUCCGAGGAACAGAAGAUCAAAGACGCCAGGAGAGGUCCCCUGGUACCUUUUCCAAACCAAAAAUCUGAAGCAGCAGAACCUCCAAAAACUCCACCCUCAUCUUGUGAUUCCACCAAUGCAGCCAUCGCCAAGCAAGCCCUGAAAAAGCCCAUCAAGGGCAAACAGGCCCCCCGAAAAAAAGCUCAAGGAAAAACGCAACAGAAUCGCAAACUUACGGAUUUCUACCCUGUCCGAAGGAGCUCCAGGAAGAGCAAAGCCGAGCUGCAGUCUGAAGAAAGGAAAAGAAUAGAUGAAUUGAUUGAAAGUGGGAAGGAAGAAGGAAUGAAGAUUGACCUCAUCGAUGGCAAAGGCAGGGGUGUGAUUGCCACCAAGCAGUUCUCCCGGGGUGACUUUGUGGUGGAAUACCACGGGGACCUCAUCGAGAUCACCGACGCCAAGAAACGGGAGGCUCUGUAUGCACAUGACCCUUCCACGGGCUGCUACAUGUACUAUUUUCAGUAUCUGAGCAAAACCUACUGCGUGGAUGCAACUAGAGAGACAAAUUGCCUAGGAAGACCGAUCAAUCACAGCAAAUGUGGGAACUGCCAAACCAAACAGCACGACAUCGACGGCGUACCUCACCUCAUCCUCAUCGCCUCCCAAGACAUGGUGGCUGGGGAGGAGCUCCUGUAUGACUAUGGGGACCGCAGCAAGGCUUCCAUUGAAGCCCACCCAUGGCUGAAGCAUUAACCGGUGGGCCCCGCGCCCUCCCCGCCCCACUUUCCCUUCUUCAAAGGACAAAGUGCCCUCAAAGGGAAUUGAAUUUUUUUUUACACACUUAAUCUUAGCGGAUUACUUCAGAUGUUUUUAAAAAGUAUAUUAAGAUGCCUUUUCACUGUAGUAUUUAAAUAUCUGUUACAGGUUUCCAAGGUGGACUUGAACAGAUGGCCUUAUAUUACCAAAACUUUUAUAUUCUAGUUGUUUUUGUACUUUCUUUUGCAUACAAGCCGAACGUUUGUGCUUCCCGUGCAUGCAGUCAAAGACUCAGCACAGGUUUUAGAGGAAAUAGUCAAACAUGAACUAGGAAGCUAGGUGAGUCUCCUUUCUCCAGUGGAAGAGCCGGGACCUUCCCCCUGCACCCCCGACAUCCAGGGACGGGGUGUGAGGAAGACGCUGCCUCCCAAUGGCCUGGACGGGAUGUUUCCAAGCUCUUGUUCUCCUAACGUCUCGACAGGCGCUCACUGAAGUGUAUGAAUAUUUUUUAAAAAGGUUUUUGCAGUAAGCUAGUCUUCCCCUCUGUUUUCUCGAAAGCUUACUGAGCCCUUGGCCCCAAGCACGGGCCGGGCAUAGAUUUCCUCUUCCACAA